AUGGGGAUUAAUAUACCAGAUGCAGUUCUUAUAAGGAAGAAUGUCUUUUCUCAGUUAUCGAGAGAACUCGUUGUCUCAAAUAAAGAUAAUCCUAUUAAUGCAGAUGAUUUAUCUACAUCGAUGGUUAAGAACAAACUCGUAGAUGAUAUUCAGGAGGAUGAAGCUAUUUUAUCAACAAGUGUCAAUCAGAGUAAUCAACCUCAAAAUAGAGGAGCCUCUUUAUCGACUAGUAUUAAUUGA